UUUUAAGAUUUGCUUAUUUAUUACCCAUACAGUGUUUUUGCCUGCAUGCCAUAAGAGGGCACCAGAUCUCAGUAUAGAUGGUUGUGAGCCACCAUGUGGUUGCUGGGAAUUGAACUCAGGACCUUUGGAAGACCAGGCAGUGUUCUUAACCUCUGAGUCAUCUCUCCAGCCCCUUAAGUUUUUCUUUUAUACAUUUAUUUAGAUAUGUAUUUGUUCAUUGUGUGGGUGUGGGUACAAAGGUCAGUGGUCAGAGGACAACUUUUGGGAACAGUUCUCUUCUACCCGGUGGGUUCCUGGAAUUGAACUCAGGUCCUCGGGCUUGGUAGUAGGAGUCUUUACCUACUGAGCCAUCUCCAUACUUUUCUUUUUGCAGGAGAACAGGAAAGAAAGUAGUUCUAAGUGUUCCAGGCUCCAACUUUCCUAGGAUGAGGUGGGGGCGUGGUCUGGGAAGAACACCCCAGUUAUCAGGUGAGCAUAUCUCCUUCCUGAUCCACUGGAGUUGGCCCUUUAAAGGGGUGCAUCCCUGUGGGCCCCCAAGGACCUUUAUCCGUCACCAUGGAAACUCAGCAAACAGUGCUCCCCCACCAGGAAGGCAUGGACAGCUGUUCAGGACUGUCUCUGCUACUGAAGCUCUCCAAAGGCAUCGCCGGAACCUCACUGAGUGGUUUAGCCGGCUGCCCAGAGAGGAGCGCCAGUUUGGACCAACUUUUGCUCUAGACACGGUCCACGUUGACCCUGUGAUCCGCGAGAGCACCCCAGAUGAGUUGCUUCGCCCAUCCACAGAGCUGGCCACGGGGCAUCAGCAAACCCAUGCAGGGCUUCCCCCACUGGCUCUGUCUCAUCUCUUUGACCCAGAUGCCUGUGGGCGCCGCGUGCAGACAGUGGUGCUGUAUGGGACCGUGGGUACUGGCAAAAGCACGCUGGUACGCAAAAUGGUGCUAGACUGGUGUUACGGGAGACUGCCGGCCUUUGAGCUGCUCAUCCCCUUCUCCUGUGAGGACUUGUCAUCCCUGGGCCCCACCCCAGCUUCCUUGUGCCAACUCGUGACCCAGCGUUACAAAGACCUGAAGGAGGUAUUGCCCCUGAUGACCGCUGCUGGAUCCCGCCUGCUCUUUGUGCUCCAUGGCUUGGAGCAUCUCAACCUUGACUUCCGGUUGGCAGGCACAGGGCUUUGCAAUGACCCAGAAGAACCCGGAGCACCAGCUGCCAUCAUGGUCAACCUGCUUCGCAAAUACAUGCUCCCUGAGGCCAGCAUUCUGGUAACCACCCGGCCCUCUGCCAUUGGCCGUAUCCCUAGCAAAUAUGUGGGCCGCUAUGGUGAGAUCUGUGGCUUCUCUGAUACCAACCUGCAGAAGCUCUACUUCCAGCUCCGCCUUAACCAGCCCGACUGUGGGUACGGUGCAGGGGGUGCAGGUAUCUCCGCCACACCUGCUCAGCGGGACAACUUGAUUCAGAUGCUGUCCCGAAACUUAGAGGGGCACCACCAGAUUGCCGCUGCCUGUUUCCUGCCCUCCUAUUGCUGGCUUGUCUGUGCUACCUUACACUUCCUGCAUGCUCCUACCCCGGCUGGCCAGACCCUCACAAGCAUCUAUACCAGCUUCUUGCGUCUGAACUUUAGCGGGGAAACACUGGAUGGCACCCACUCCUCCAAUUUAUCCCUGAUGGCCUACGCAGCACGAACUAUGGGCAAGUUGGCCUACGAAGGGGUGUCCUCCCGCAAGACCUACUUCUCUGAAGAGGAUGUCCGUGGCUGCCUGGAAGCUGGCAUCAAGACCGAGGAGGAGUUUCAGCUGCUGCAGAUCUUCCGCCGGGAUGCCUUGAGGUUUUUCCUGGCCCCGUGUGUGGAACAGGGGCACCUGGGCACCUUCGUAUUCACCGUGCCCGCCAUGCAGGAAUACCUGGCUGCCCUCUACAUUGUGUUGGGUUUGCGUAAGACCGCCCUCCAGCGGGUGGGCAAAGAAGUGGUUGAGUUUGUGGGCCGUGUUGGGGAGGAUGUCAGCCUGGUAUUGGGCAUCGUGGCCAAGCUGCUGCCCCUGCGGAUUCUGCCUCUGCUGUUCAACUUGCUCAAGGUGGUUCCACGAGUGUUUGGGCGCAUGGUGAGUAAGAGUCGGGAGGCUGUGGCCCAGGCCAUGGUGCUGGAGAUGUUCCGGGAGGAGGAUUACUACAAUGAUGAUGUUCUGGAUCAGAUGGGUGCCAGCAUCCUGGGUGUGGAGGGCCCGCGGCGCCACCCAGAUGAGCCCCCUGAGGAUGAAGUCUUUGAGCUCUUUCCCAUGUUCAUGGGGGGACUUCUCUCUGCCCAUAACCGGGCGGUGCUGGCUCAGCUUGGCUGUCCCAUCAAGAACCUGGAUGCCCUGGAAAAUGCGCAGGCCAUCAAGAAGAAACUGGGGAAGCUGGGCCGGCAGGUGCUGCCCCCCUCGGAGCUUCUUGACCAUCUCUUCUUCCACUAUGAGUUCCAGAACCAGCGCUUCUCGGCUGAGGUGCUUGGCUCCCUACGGCAGCUCAACUUAGCAGGUGUGCGCAUGACACCCCUUAAGUGCACAGUGGUAGCCGCUGUGCUGGGAAGUGGGAAGCACCCUCUGGAUGAGGUGAACUUGGCCUCCUGCCAGCUGGAUCCUGCUGGGCUGCACACCCUCAUGCCUGUCUUCCUGCGUGCCCGGAAACUGGGAUUGCAACUCAACAGUCUGGGCCCUGAGGCCUGCAGGGACCUCCGAGACCUGCUGUUACAUGAUCAAUGCCAGAUCACCACUCUUCGGCUGUCCAACAACCCACUGACCGCCUCGGGGGUUGCCUUGCUGAUGGAGGGGCUGGCAGGAAACACUUCCCUGACACACCUGUCCCUCCUGCACACUGACCUUGGAGACAAGGGGCUGGAGCUGCUGGCUGCCCAGCUGGACCGCAACAGACAACUGCAGGAACUGAAUGUGGCCUACAAUGGUGCUGGUGACACAGUGGCUCUGGCCUUGGCCAAGGCUGCUCGGGAGCACCCUUCCCUGGAGCUGCUGCACCUCUACUUCAAUGAGCUGAGUUCAGAGGGCCGCCAGGUCCUGCGGGACUUGGGGGGUUCCGGCGAAGGUGGUGCCCGGGUUGUGGCCUCGCUGACAGAGGGGGCAGCAGUGUCUGAGUACUGGUCAAUGAUCCUGAGUGAAGUCCAGCGCAACCUCAACAGCUGGGACCCGGUCCGGGUCCAGCGCCAUCUCAAGAUGCUGCUCCGGGAUCUGGAAGAUAGCCGAGGGGCCACCCUUAAUCCUUGGCGCAAGGCUCAGCUGCUUCGAGUGGAGAGUGAGGUCAAGACCCUUCUGGAGCAGCUGGGAGGCUCUGGACACUGAGAAACUGACAGCUGUUACCUAGCUGUGGGACCACUAGCCCUCUCUGUGGCUUCCUGGCUUGUACAACUCUUUCUGGCAAGAUCCCUUUGGUUUUGCAGUCAAAGCAAUGGGUACAACUGUGCUCCCCUCUACCCCCAACAGGUCCAGCCAGAGCCCUAAGCCUAGGAUUCCCAGGGUCAAAUAUAGUGAAUUGAUGCUUGGACUUGGAUAUGGAGCAUGUCACUUCUCCCUCUGCCUAGAAGGACUAA